AUGACUACUGCUGAACGUAAGGAGAAAAAGAGACUGAGCGAAGACGCUGAAGCUAUUGAAAAGAAACACAAGAAACACAAGAAGGAUAAGAAGGAAAAGAAGCACAAGACGGACAAGAAACACAAGAAGGAUAAGAAGCACAAGAAGGAGACCAAGGAGUCCACAAAUGAAACCGCUGAAAUUCCAGUGGAAACAAAAGACGUUGGUGUUGUGGAACAGGACGUUCCCGUUUCUGUCAACAAGAGCUCUGGUUCCUACACUCAGAGCGAGGUAUUGACCAAGUUACCUCAGUCCGAUGUCGACGACUUCUACAAGGAGAACGAGGUCUCUGUCAAGGACCCAACGGAGCUGAACUUGCGUCCACUUUUGUCCUUUGACCACGUGCAGUUCGACCGGAGGAUCCAAUCUGUCAUCGCCAAGUUCCCCAAACCAACACCCAUCCAGUCUGUAUCGUGGCCAUACUUGCUAUCAGGUAAGGAUGUUAUUGGUGUUGCUGAAACAGGGUCCGGUAAAACUUUAGCCUUCGGUGUUCCCGCCGUGAACCACAUUAUUGAAACCUCGAAGACCGUGAGCGGGAUUCAGGCCCUGAUCAUCUCGCCUACAAGAGAACUGGCUUCACAAAUCUACGAUAACCUAAUCCCUCUUACCGAUAAAGUAGGUUUGGAGUGCUGCUGUGUUUACGGUGGUGUUCCAAAGGACGAACAAAGGAUGAAACUGAGGAAAUGUCACAUCGUUGUCGCAACUCCGGGGAGACUGCUGGAUCUACUCCAGGAGGGGUCUGUCAACUUGUCCAAGGUCAACUACCUGGUCUUGGAUGAGGCUGACAGGAUGCUGGAGAAGGGGUUCGAGGAGGACAUCAAGAACAUCAUCAGAGAAACUGCUCCACACGGCAGACAAACGCUGAUGUUCACAGCCACCUGGCCAAAGGAAGUUCGUGAACUAGCAGCUACUUUUAUGAACCAACCUGUCAAAGUGUCCAUUGGUAACAGAGACGAGUUGUCAGCUAACAAGAGAAUCAAGCAAAUAGUGGAAGUUGUGGAGCAGCGUUCAAAGGACAGGAAAUUGCUGGACCUAUUGAAGAAGUACCAGUCUGGCGCCAAGAAGGACGAAAAGGUGUUAAUCUUUGCCUUGUACAAGAAGGAGGCGGCCCGUGUCGAGAGAAACCUGAAAUACAACGGCUAUAACGUUGUUGCAAUUCACGGUGACUUGACACAACAACAGAGAACCCAUGCUCUAAAUGAGUUCAAAACUGGAAGCUCCAAUCUGUUGUUGGCUACCGAUGUCGCUGCCAGGGGUCUGGAUAUCCCUAACGUGAAGACAGUUAUCAACCUAACCUUCCCAUUAACCGUCGAGGAUUACGUCCACAGAAUCGGUAGAACCGGUAGGGCAGGCCAAACUGGUGUAGCACACACCUUGUUUACAGAAGAAGCCAAACAUUUGGCAGGUGGGCUGGUUAACGUUUUGAAUGGUGCAAACCAGCCUGUUCCAGAAGAUUUGAUCAAGUUUGGUACUCACACAAAGAAGAAGGAACAUGGUGCUUAUGGUGCUUUCUUCAAGGAUGUGGAUAUGUCCAAGAAACCAAAGAAGAUUACUUUUGACUGA